CCCGGGUGCCAUAGUGAACGCCUUGUAUGCGGCUUUCCAGUGAGACGAGCUCAACCGCAGGCUGCAGACAAACGGAACGGUGAUAGGCCCGUUAUUUAACCGCUGUAUUCUCACUUUGUACCGGCUUGUUGGUGUGUUUGGAGACCGGAGUCAUGGCUCACCGCUCCCUGUGGUCGCUCUGCCUGCUGCUGGCGCUGCUGCUGCCGCUGCAAGUUCUGUCUCAGGACUUUGACCUGUCUGAUGCUCUGGGUGAUGACAGUAAACCAUCAGCGACUCCCUCACCGAAGCCACCACAGCCACCAAAGCCAGCAGCACCAGCUGCACCGGGAGGAGACCUUAAUCUGGAAGAUGGAUUCGAUGGCCCCACCACCACGACCACCAAAGCCCCACCCAAGGUUGUGCCCAAGGCCCCAGCAGCUACCAAGGCCCCAGCCAAGCCCAAACACAAGCCAGCUGCGGAUGACUUUGACCUGGCUGAUGCUUUGGAGCCAAACAAUGACAUUGGUGUCAAGGAUAAGAACAAGGGUCAGGGAGGUGGAUUUUCUGACAGCGAUCUGGCUGAUGUUGGUAAAGACGACACCUACAAGCCUGACAAACCCAAAGGUGGAUUUGGUGAAGAUGACCAUCGGAGGCAAGAAGACAACAAUGAGACCACGGCAGAAGUGGGCACCAUCGCAGGGAUCGUUAGUGCCGUUGCUAUGGCUCUGGUGGGCGCAAUCAGCAGCUACAUCUCCUACCAGAAGAAGAAGUUGUGUUUCGGUAUACAACAGAGCCUGAAUACUGACAUGGUGAAGGCUGAGAACCCUGAAGCUGUGGUGGCUACAGAACCACAAGUCCAACAGACUCUCCUGGAGCCACCCAAUGCUGAACCUCCCACUGAAGAGAAUGCUGUGUAACACGCACACACACAUACACGCCCACACUCACACAAAUCUCACACCCACCCACACACAAACACAGACACACAAAGGCCCCCCCAUCUACAUGCGCUCUUUCCCAAACACCUCCCACCUAACGCCCCCUUUACACACACACACACACACACACACAUGCUACAGGAUAGACUGUCUAUUGUGUAGCAUGUCCUUGUUGAUCCUGCAGCUCUGUGCUGCAGAAGUUGGGAUUUGUAUUCCUUCUGCUCUGAAUGUGAACACAAUUUUUUUAAUUCUCUGCUGUAAACAUGGCCAACAGUGUAUCAGACCUUGCCAAAUGUACGUGUAUAUAGUUAAUUUAUUGUUUACUGUUUGAACACCACUAACAAUGUUGGUUUUCAGUUAUCCAGCCUUCAGUAUGUGUUUUCUCUGCUAUGAGCUGGGGCUUCAGUUGUAGCAUUUUGCCGAGCUCCAGACACACAGUAGAGUUGGAAUAUUGAAAUAGGCUGUUAGUUUUACUGGAGAAGAAAGUACUCUGGGUGUGUGUCAAGCUGCACUGAGUUCACAAGGAGUCAGUCACUGUUUAGUGAACUGGAUUUAAGUUGGAUUAGUUGAUUGAUUUUGGGACACUGAUUAGUCAGUGACUUACAGCAUGAUUCCAGCUGAGCUUCAAGUGAACCAAAGAGCGAUGUGAGACACGCCCAGUGUUACUUCUUCACGUUUUUUAAAUGAAGUUGUGAAUUGGAAUCUCAUUUCCUGACUUUGAAUGAAAUACAGCAGUUCCCCCCUUUUAACACAAAACUGAUCUGUGUCUAAAUCAUAGAUGUUAAGGCCAAUUCAUACUUUCCAUGUCUGCGAGGGUCCGCUUUGGUCCGUGUGAUGUAAAUAUCCGCCCAUGUAUGACACUCACACACAGCUGUGCAUGCCCAAAUAAAUGUCUUGUUCCACACUCCAGUCCAGUUGGUGGCAUGUGCACUUCUAGGUGGUUUGCCAAGAAGAAUGAGAAUAUGAAGAUAGUAUAAAUGCUUGAGAGGAGCUGCAUCCUUUUCUUUUACUUUUAGUAUUCAGCUGCCCUUACAAACUGUUGCAUGCAGUAUGCAUACCAUCAGAGGAUUGUGGGUGAGAAUAGCCAGAAAAGCAUGCUCGCAUACUGCAAAGUAAGACAUCCUAGUACUUUUGGCACACUGCAUUUGACAUACUAUGUAUUCGAACAUACUAAAUAUUUUCUGGCAUACUAAAUGUAGGUAUGGUUGGAACACACAGAGGCUAUGUGAAUAGAUCAGUCAUGCUUCUUGUAUGGUGGCAAACAACAUUAUGGUGCAUUUCCGCCACCAACUGCAAUGGAGUGCGGAUCUGGAAAUGUGCAUACGUGACACGGCAGACCAACGCAGACCCCAAAUAAUGGUAUGAAUGAAACCGUUCUGCAGCUGUCCAUGGAGCUUGGAAAGUAUGUCCAAGUCUUAACUUUAGUGGAUGCACAAUGAUGAAAAUCAAACCUAAACUGGAACAACACUGUACAGAUACCUUCUUUGCUUGCCAUGAGCAGAGAGGGAGUGAAUAAUAUCUUACAAUAUUCCCCAGAUUUCUAUUGAAAAGCCUUGUAGCAACUGAUUAUGUAAUCACUGGUGAAAUACGAUAAAUGUGUAAAUGGUCAGAUAAGGUCGUCUACCAUUGUCGCAGUAGCCAGGUAAUGUUACUUCAAAGUAACAAGGUAAACUAAGGGGCAAAGUUGAACUCAGUUAUUAUGAUGACAAUGCUAUUUGUUAAAUUGAUAAUCAUUAUUAAUGGCAGUUUCCCAAGAGGUUUAAUUACAUUUUGACCCACUCGGCACAUCUCUACUAUUAGCUAAUGAAGUCCAGAGAGGGACAUAGCUCCGAACUGGACUUAGCGCAGGUAGCUACUGUUUACAUCCUGUGACAGUUACAUCAUUAGUUGCUACACCCUCCUCGUGUUGUCCAUCUUGAUGUACAAAGUUGCCUUAUUCAGAUUUGGAUCUUUUUGCAGUGGGGGAAAAAUAAGGCGUCCAAACAUUUCUGUCUACUUACAACCUGUGACUUUUUAUAGUGUAAAUAGAUUCUGUUUUUUCAACUAGCCUUUAAUGACAAUGCCUAAUGAAGGGAGCCUGGCUCGGUUUUCCAAAGUGGUGAUGGUGAAAUAAUUGCAAUGAGAACAAUUAAAGUUAGGACAAGUAAUACAUUUCUGAAGAACAGUUAAAAGUUCACCACACUUGUAGCAUGUAGCAUAAAAAUGAUGCUAGCUAAAUCAGUUCCACUGCAGUUAGAGCUUAAAAAUGCACAGUGUGCACUUCUCUGCUUCAUUUGAAAGGGAUCUUCUUCAGUGGGAAGCUGUGAAGCUAUGAAAAAGAGAAAACCUUAGCACUUUGUUCUGGAAAAAGCUGGCAGUGACGAGGCUCGUGGACAGGCAGAAAAUGUGAAAUGUGACUUUUGUUUAAGAUACAAGAAGCUAAUAUUCUUUGUGCUAUGUUUUAUUGUGUUAGCAGUGAGGUGCCAAUGUGUGCAGAAGAACUCUGAACUGAAGUUAUCUUGAUCCCUUAGUGGCCAUUUUAAACUAACAUUGUGAUCAAUCAUGAUAUGUACUAUAAAAAUAGUAAUAUCGGCCCAAACUGAUCACGACAAUCUGACAGUUUCCUGUGGAGUUUUCCUGUUAUGAAAUGUAAUAUAUGUGUUCUUCAGACCUAACAAAUAUGAUAAAUGCAUUUCCUUCCUGUAAGAUAAGCUAAGAAAAGCUAGCUAUGCUGGUCUAUUGCUACAUUUCUUAGUGCGUAACCACCAACUGUCCAUCAGUGGAAGCAUGAAACUGCAAUUUAUAGCACAUAAUCUGCAUGCACAAGAUACUAACAAAGCAGGGGCACACUCUCACUCCACUGGGUAUCUUUGACGUAAUUACCCUCAAAACUAGAAUGGCCCUCAGAGGGCCAGGACCUCUGCUAAGGCCAAAUGCCUUGUUUCCCCAUGCUAACCAAAGUGAAAAAUGAUUUGUGUACCUGCCCUGUAAUUGAGAUCUGCUUCAAAUUUCUAUGGGCUCUUCCUUGGCCCUGCUACACUCUUUUCCUAAGUUUCAUGAACACCAGAUCAGUAAUUUUCCUUUUAAUUUAUAUGACAAACAAACAAACUACAAUGCAGAACUCAGACAUCCGCCAUGGUGUGUUCAUGUGCUCCUUGGAUACUCCCAUUUCCCGAGCUGGAAAGUCAUUCUGCCAACCCCGGUGUGUUCAUUCGUACAGGGAUUUGGAUCUUCGAUUUGAAAAAUAAUAUCUCAGAUAUUGCAACUGUGAUAUGAUUCACAAUAUUGGAAGAAUGAUAAAAUAAUCAGUGAUUUUUGAAAGGAUCUGAACUGAAAAAAGUUUUUCUUACGUCUGUAGAAAACAAUUUCAGCGUCAGAAUUAUUGUAUUUUGACAUAUAUUUUGCCUUUAACAAAUAUUGCACCUUCUUGUGAUUUGGAUAUUGCACUUCAUAAUGGCCACAAUGGAACAAGAUGUGCGAAAGUGGAAAAAGUGAGGUAUUUGUGAAAGAUAUCAGGUGUGUGAAGUCAGAGAGGAUUUUGAAACAAUUGGCACAAAGACGAUACUGGUUAGGAUGAUGCGCGUUAAAAAAAAACCUAGAAGUCUGCUUUAGCUGUGUAGAUGAAGUUAGCAGCAGUAGUUAGCUUUAGGAUCUUGAAUAGUGUCAUAACGAGUGCUUUUUGAAAGUUGUGAUUGUUGUACAUAUUACUGUGAGCAAUUCUGUGUUUGUACUAUUAGCAGUGUGUAAGAGCAUAUUUGUGCUCCCUAUUAUACUCUUUAGUGUGUGUGUGCAGGUGUUUACACUCUUCGCCGGCUCUUUUUACACUUUGUACCCGACUUUCCUAAUAACUUAGCUUAACUUUUUGUAGAUAGUUUGCUUCCAUGUUCUGUACUGCCAACAGUUUGUUGUUUGCCCAAAGAGGUCUCGUAUGUUCCUGAACGAGAUCUGGGCUGAAAUCAUUCACUGUUUUCUACACUGUGUGAUAUUUAGUCUGUCUGUCGUUUUAUAGCACUGCUCAGAAUCUUUGGUCAGGAUGAUUGAACCCUAAACUUUCCGACAAUGUAGCAUAGUUAACUAGAAGGGCACUCGGAGAAUGCAGACCUCCACCAAGGCUAAUGCCUUUUCUGGCAAUGUUAACAAAAGUGAAAAAUUAUUUGUGUGUCAGCUCUGUGAUUUGGAUCCUCUCCAAAAUGUAAUGGGUUCUUACCUGGCCCAUGCUUCACCCUUCAACCAGGUUUUUCAUGAAAAUUAGGCUAGUAGUUUCGCUGUACACCUGCUAACAAACAAACUAAACCAAAAACAUAUCCUCCUCGGCGGAUACAAUGAUGCCACAUUCAUGUCAUGGGUGAGGGUGAAGAUUUACAGCUACAGAAUAAUCACUUUCUGUGUUGCGUUUGUGUAUCUUGAAAAACGAAUUGAGGCGUCUUUGUUUGAUUGCUUUUCUCUGCACAGGGGCCGAGUGCUUGGAUCCACCCAUGCCUCUUAAAAUAGACUGUACAAAAGAAAUGGAUGAAUGACCUGGAUCUGAAAAGUGGAGCCAAUGCGAAGUGCCUUAAACCUGCAUUUUUUCUAAUGGCCAGCAGGGGGCGACUCCACUGGCUGCAAAAGGAAGUCUGGAAGUUUGUAUGGAAAUCUGAGAAAAUGCGCCUAAUACUCACUUAAUUUAUUACAUCAGUAAAUAUUUUCCAAAUGAAUUUAUGAUCUCAAUUCACUAGUUUGUUUAGUCGUGUUCAAUACAACAUGAUUGUAAAUUAUGGUCCCAUUUAGAGUAAAUUAGUCUUGCAUAGCGAGACUUAUCGCCACAGCACUGUGUCAGCACUAGAGGAAAAUUAUCAUUCUGGGAAAAGGGAAAUAACACUGUAGCUUGUUUCUAUUUCUUUAAACCGAUCCAAAUUCUGUUGGGCGGUGCAAACUUCAGGAUGCAGAUAUGUUGACCAAGUAAAAUAUCGUUAGUGGAGAUAGCGGAAGGGGAAGAGAAUUCUGUUUUAAAUAGGCGCCCAAUGGUGGGCUUAUCCUAACAGUCUAAAUUGGGUGAGUCUAGAGUCUAGUCUAGAGUAAAAUAGAUGAAGCAGGGUGUGCUUUAGGGUGUGGCUAGCUUGUGAUUGACAAGUUACCACUGUGGGUGCACACAACCUGGCAUUUAGGGUUGGGCAAUGUAAUGAUUUUAUCAAAACAAGAAAACUCUGUCUGUCAUUUAUAUUUUUAAAGUAUUUUUUGUAUAGCAUAACGGCACCUCGUUACGGCAAUAGUUUGUUAUGGAGGCUAACAUUGUUAGCGCGGAUAGUGCUAGCAGAUACUUAGCGCGGCGUAGCCAGGAGCCGGUAUAGGUCUAACUGUUGUCCAAAUAUGGUCACUUCUGGCUCCAAAAAACCACAAUGGCAAUGCCAAAAUAGGUAGUCUAGAAACCAAUGGGCAACAUUCAUCCAUUUCUUUAAUACAGUCUAUGCUCUUUUUGGACAGAGUGAAGGGGGAGACUUGCGGGAAAAGGGCUCCGAGUCGGAUUCGAACCCGGGCCGCCCGCUUACGAGGACAAUGCCUCUAUCGUACGCGCUCUACCAGGUGUACCACCGGGAACGCCCACAGAAGCACAUGGUUCCUUUGUGGCUUGUUGGUCUGCCAACCAGAAAGCCAAUAUAUUCUUAAGAUGUUAAGAACAAAGAUAGUAGCACACCCGUGAAAUGAAUGUGGCAUCAGCAAUGAUUGGUAAUGACCUGAGUAGUGUCUGAUAGAAUAGUCUGUAUCUGCAGAGGUGAAUGGUGAAGGAUUUUUGCGUAGGCAGUAUGUGUUGUAUGAGCUGUAAAUAGCUUGUUGGUGUGUAACAUAUCUGACAGGAUGCAGCACAGUCCUAAAUGAAUACCACACCCUGGUCUACCCACAAUCCCUUUGUGUCGCUCCCUCUCAAAAAGUCCUUAAACACUGUUAAAAAGUAACCCGCCUUGGUUUUGAGCUGCUUAUUGCCGAGUGUUCAGGGACUACGAGUGUUUUCGGAGUCAUGCAUGGAUGCCCUGUCAGCUGUAAUUCAAAUGGUGCUUCUCUCUUUGCCUUAUACCCUGCACAGUCCCACAGGGACGCGCCACACUAUUCAUCUCACACCCCGUCGCUGCACCCGAGCAAGAGCAACACCCACGGCCUUCGGCUCCUUUGGGUCGUUACCUUGGAAGAAGGGUAGCAGCACCCAGGGGACCGAAAGGUGUGGGUGCUCCGUCGAGCUCAGGCUGCUGAGAGCUGAAGUUCACACAAAACAAAAAUAACAAACCUUUCUGUUUACUGAAUGUAUUGACUGUCUUAAUGCGAUAUAGCAAAAACCUUUGGCCUGUAGCAAAAAUACAAAUUCACCAAAGAUGUAGCAUUGAUUGAGAUUGAUGUAUUGGGAUUGAAUGCAAAAGGUUUUGAAAUAAUCAAGAAGGAAAAAGGAUUGAAUCUGAUGGAGCACAGAUGCCUCACCGUGCAACAUCUGAAUUAGUUUGGUGGUUAGAUGAACACUUGAUGGAUUAGAGUGACGAGUACGGAAACCCAGUGCAGGAAUGACUCGGUUAUUAUUGGCUGUUGGUUCUGCUUCAGGAUUCAGGUGGAGUGUUCUCUGCAGAGCCAGAGCAAAGAACGGUCCAAAGGAGCAGCAGUAGUGUCACUACAUCAAAUUAAGAGGCCAUACAGGUCUGAUUUACAAAGCGUGCUAACAUUACCGAAGAAAAAUAUUUCAACCCAUUGUUUUUAACACAAGCAAAGAGGAAACUAAAAGCAUCCGCCUCGAGCUUUUAUGACGGAUGGGAAUAAUUGGAUCGACCUGAUGUCCGCAAAUAUUUUCGACAAUCUCUGACACUUUCUAAAAAUGUAAAUAAAAGCUUGCUCCAAAUUAUACCCAAAGAACAAUCCAUUAGUACUAGGGCACAGUCACUUUGAGAAAUAUAAACUCACGAAACGCGCAACUGUCUGCGGGCUCAUUUGUGUUUACUUGCACCACUCUUCUAUGACAACGAAAACACGUAAAGAAAGUAUUUUCUUAAUUCACAACGUGUAAUUUGCAACAAAUAUGCAACACUCUUUGAAAUGACUUGUAAUGUAAUCACGUCACGCACGAGAAUCAGCAAAAACAAGUUUUUCGUAUUUUGUGUAUUCUUUUCUUGCGUUACGUCAUUUGCAUCACAAGGCAUUAAAUUUGCAACAAAUAGGCAACGAAUAACACAUCUUUGCACUGACUUUGUACGUAAUUGUGCCGCGUGAGAAAAAAAAAAAGUGCUCUUUAUUUGGUGCAAAAACACAGAACUGAAUCGCUGCAAGAAACUUAGAAGCUAAGGCUACGUUUACACGAGGACGGUCCGACGCAUGGAAAUAAUCCCACGUUUGUUUAUUUCCCUGUACUGGAGCAUGUAUGUGACGUAAACACAUACGUGACGUGAGCAGAUCUGAGCAGAGUUUUGCGUCUUGUCAGUGUAGCCGACACGCUACGGCGGAGCGGAUUUAACUUUUCCACUUUGGAAGGUGGUUUCAGAUUUUUGCGUUUUUAAGCCCCAAAAACACCGUCACCGUCUAAACGAAAGGCACUUCCGAUAAAAUAUUUUGUCGUUUUUAGCCGCGAGCGUCCUCGUGUAAACGGGGCCUAAGUGUGGACUAUAAUGUUAGCUCGCUUUGUAAAGUGUCUGUAUGGUAUCUGCAUUGUAUUAUAUGAGUUCAGCUCAUGUGGAUGCAGUCACAUGACACUGACCCCUCCCUGCAGUACACUCGAGUGCCUGUCACUGUGUCAUGCAAAGCCAGCCAAAAUCCUGCAACCUCACUUGAGAAAAACCAAUGAGAGCCCAGCAAAGCUGUUUUUUCUGUGAUUCUGUGAUAUCUGAGGGCUGGCUUUGCAAAGCUGCCUGUCACAUACAACACAUACACACCUACGGUACUGCUCUCAUACACACUUAAUGCAUGCUUUUCUCUACAUACUGUAAACACACUUACUUGUAGCUUAUGAGUGUUGAGCGUCUUCCUGACAACUGAAUGUUGGACAGUCUCCAUUGCUUGAAGUGUAAUAGUGAACUCUGCUUUCUCUCUUAUUCCACUAUGCUAACUCUUUGGCAAUAUGUUACAGAUACUUGUUACUAAUAUGAACCAAUAAAAUUUAAAAAGACAAA